AUGACGCAGCGGGAACGGCGCUUUCCGGGCGUCAUCAACACCAUCGAGCGGCCGUUGCUGCUGCCGCGGGACGUCAGUCUGGUCGAUCCGGAGGACAACGAGCCCACGGCGGUGGAGUGGCGCUUCGACGAGGAGGGCAACGAGGUGCGGGUCAGCGUGCGGACCGGUCGCAUCAUUCCCAUUCCGCAGAAGGCCUUCGAGACGAGGGACUACAAGGUGCGGCUGGGCUACGCGGAGCAGGCGAAGGACACGCCGGCGGCGGAGGUGACGAGGGUUACCUUUGAGCCGGCGCUGAAGACCUUCGAGAUGGAGAUCGCCGAGGCGAAGGGCAUCAAGGAGGACCGGGUGCCCUAUCCGAUGUACUGGUACUGA